AUUCAUUUGCCGCUCGACUUUCUCGACUCUUCGGCGCCUCAUUUUGGGCAUGUAUCUGAGACGCUCGCUAGCACCUCAUCUGACGUGCUAGCCGAGCCAGUCGAUCGGUGCAAGUAUUCGAGGUGCAUCAAACGCAAUCACUAUGCGCUACGCCCUGCUAAAACGAAUGCAGGCAAAUCGCCGAUUGCAGUGCAAGGCGGCAAGCAUCUACUCGAUUACUCUCGGGAUCAUUCAGUUCAGGAUGGUCUGGCCUACACUGCAACUUGGAACAUGAGUCAGCUUCAAGCUUCGGAUCUGGUCGAAGCUGUG